AUGUUAUCAAAAUUACAAAAAAUUAUCAUACUAGCAUUUAUAUUCUUAAUUUCAUUUUCCAAAGCUGAAACAACUGAAACCGAUACAGAUACAACAACAUCAAAAUCUUCUGUAUCUCCAACAUUAGUAUGGGUAACAGGUACAGAUUCAUUAGGAAUAACAAGAACAACUCAAUCACCAUAUUCUCAAUCUUUUAUGACAACAUAUACCGAAAAUCAAUUACUGAUAUCGAGUGGUUCAAUAGGAUUAGGUUCAUUAGUAACUGCAGCAAAUGAUGAAAGUAUAAGUCAUAAAAUUGGAGAAAUCAGAAGUUAUGAUAUGACUACAAUAAGUCAAGGUUCUGGAUCAAAUUUAAAAAUUUUAUCAUUUAAUUUGAAUAAUCCAAAUUUAGGAAUAUCUUUUUUUACAAAAUUUUUUGGAUUAGGUUUCAUAUUCAUAAUAUCAGUUGUUUUGCUAAUCUAA